CAAUGAGUAAAGGCGAGGAAUAUAGAGGGAAAUAGCCAAAAAUUAGUGAGUUUGAGUUUAAUUCCGAAGAAUAAUAUAAGGAAUUUAUAAGAAAAACUAACUCCGACGGAUCGGAGGGGAAGGUAAUUUUUUGUGUUAUUCAAAGUAACCAGACAAUAAUAAUUCUGUUUCAAAUCACAGAGAGAACUAUAGCUUUAAAACUGGAAAUGAUUAAAAUUAUUCAGAACUUCUUUAAGAAUAGUAUUAAUAAUAUGCAUCACCUUAAAGUUAUAAGUUAGAGGAGAUGAAGAUUUAUCAUAUUGAUAUGGAUAUUGAGAAUUCGAAUAAAAAAUAACUUAAGAAUUUGUUAAAAUCAAAAAAUGAUGUUGAGGUUCAGAGGUAAAAUGACAAACCUUAGGAAAAGAUUGAUGAUAAUAUGAUUGAAAUUAAAACAAGAACUCAUAAAAUAAUCAUACAGGAAAUUGGUUAUUAACGUUUUCAAAGUGAUAAUAUCUAAAUAAAUAUUCCUCAAAAUAUAAAAGAAUAAAGCCAAAGUUAAUAAAAAUAUAUUAAUAUCAAUAUCGGUUAAUCCUCUUCAGAUGGAGAUAUGCAAAAGCAAUCGUCAGAAUAGCAUGAGAUCAUAGAAUAAUCAAGUUAAUAAUCUUCUAUUUAAUUGACUCACAAUGAAAAUGCUGAAAGAUAUGAAAGGUAUGAUGAGAUUAGAGACAACCAAUGCAGAAUAAAAAUGCAGUUAAAAAGAUUUGAAUUAAUUUUAUUUGAGAAAGGUGUUCAAAAAUAAUAGAAAAAAAAUGAAAGGUUUGAAAAAGAUUAUUAAAUCUCGGUUAGUAUUGAAAAUGGAAGAUAUGUUAUGCAAAAACCAACCUACCCAUUUAUCAUUUAUAAUUAAUAGAUUGGAUAAAAGGAUAGGUAGGCACUACUAAAUUCAAAAUUAUUUUUAACAAGUUCAAUACUUAAUGCUUAUGCAAAUUACCUUCAAGUUAGAGAUGAAAACUAUUAUUUUUCACUUAAUAAGAAUGAAAGAAUAAAGCAUAAACGAUUGUUUAUAUUUAACUCUGAUUUUUUAACUAAUUGUAAUUUAAAUGAUAAGACUGCCUAAAUUUAAGAUAAAGUAUUAUAUUUAAUGUUGCAGUAUUUGUAAGACUUUCAAGUAAUAUAGUAUUAAUUUUGGCUUAUCUACAAAAAAAUAGCCUUUGUUGUUAAUUCAAAUAAUGUGCAUUGGUAUUUAGCAGUUUUAGACUUCUAAGAUGGGAUUUUGAAAAUUUAUGACUCCUUGCCUUAAUCUUCAUCUUCAUACAAUAUACUUAAUAAUUUAUUGUCAUAAUCAUUUUCAAAAUUAUCCUAGUAAAAUAUUACAUUUACAACAGUUGUUUGCCCUACUUGGGUUAGAUAGCAAGAUCAUUAUUCGUGUGGUUAUCAUACUUGCAUAGCUCUAGAAUAUCUGAGUUAAUAUACAGCACAAAAUUAAUUACUAACUUUAGAAGAAAUUAAAAAAAUCUUAAGAAAAUUACUGAUAAAUGAAGAAAACUAAAACAAUUAACUGUGA